AUGCCACACAAAAGUACAUACCGAGAGGAGACAAAUCUUGUCAGUUCCAUGUGUGCAAGAAUAUCUACGCUUGAUCCUAGCAAUCACACCUCCUUUCACAGCCCUUUUGCCCAGCACCUAGUCAUCCCUCACAUGGCCUCUGGUCUCAGGACACAUCCCAGCCAGCCAGAUGGGAAUGAACACCACAGCAGCCAGGCAGAUGGAAAUGUACACCGCAGCAGCCAGCCAGAUGGGAAUGCACACCGCAGCAGCCAGCCAGAUGGAAAUGAACACCACAGCAGCCAGCCAGAUGUGAAUACACACCACAGCAGCCAACCAGAUGGAAAUGUACACCGCAGCAGCCAGCCAGAUGGGAAUGAACACCACAGCAGCCAGCCAGAUGGAAAUACACACCACAGCAGCCAGCCAGAUGUGAAUACACACCGCAGCAGCCAGCCAGAUGUGAAUACACACCACAGCAGCCAGCCAGAUGUGAAUACACACCGCAGCAGCCAGCCAGAUGGAAAUGAACACCGCAGCAGCCAGCCAGAUGGAAAUGAACACCGCAGCAGCCAGCCAGAUGGAAAUGAACACCGCAGCAGCCAGCCAGAUGGAAAUGAACACCACAGCAGUCAGCCAGAUGGAAAUACACUCCGCCCGUCAACAAACAACACAGUCACCCUCGUAUUAACUUUGACUGAAGACUCUCG